AUGACCAGCAAGCCAGCUCCUCACUCCUGUCCGCUUUCCCCCAGAUUGCCGCCAGUCGCGCGCGCGCAAGCUGCAAGCACAGACGGAGCCAAGGACGGCCCAGAUGCAAGCCCCCUUCACAAGUUCACGGGCUCAAAUGUCCAGGGCCGUACGGUGCACCUUAGCACACUGAUCUACCGGAGGCGAGCCGUAGGGUCUCAUCAGCCAACGGGGAGAGGAAACGUAUUCCCGCAUCUCCUCUCUCGGAAGGUCGAGGCCAAGUCCAAGAUCAAGGUACCUGACGCUGUACCAUCCAUGACAGAUAUCCCAGCACACCAUAAUCAGCCGCCUCGCGCCUCGAAAACAAGCAUCUCAAGCGGCUUUGCCUAUCGGGACUCCAUCGACGCGCUCUCGUUGGUCCAAAGUGCCCACCAACUCCUCAACUCGGCAUCUCUCCAGAGAGCCAGUCAAGAUCCUCAGAUAUCAAGACCAUCCCGCUUAGGAUGUCUCCUUGAGCCGCCGUCAUUCCAGCGUCUGCGCUGUCGUGAGGGGUGUACCGGGAACUUUUGCCUCGAGCAAGCUUGCUUGUCGUGUCUCUUCCACGUCGCCUCUUGUCUUGUCUUCUCCCCCUCGGGUCCCGAUCUGAACCACCCAUACAAGACCCUUUAG